AUGGUUAUUAUCGAUGGCCAUGAAUUCCUCACUGAAGAGGAGAAGAGGACAAAGGAGGAUUGCGAGCGCGCAAAGUACUGGAAGAAAUGGGGCCCCUAUGUUGCAGAGAGGCAAUGGGCAACAAGUAUGUUAAUGAUUGUCCUAAAAGUAGUUGACUUUACUUACAUGAAAACUAGCAAGGGAGGAUUACACGGCGAAGAUGGCAUCGCUGGUGUCUGUGAUUCGCAUGGCUACUUCAAUAUCGCAUUUAGUUUCUGGGACGGAGAAGAUAACACCCUAAAGGAGCGACUUUUUGGAACCUCAAGUAAAGAAGGAAACCACGGCGAGUCAAUCAAGAAAGCUCACUUCCAUUUGGAUAAUGUUCCCACUCAUUCAUACAUGAAAUACCUCUAUAAGUAUCCGCAGAACGCUUUCCCAUAUCAGAAGAUUCAGGAGGAUUGCCGAAAACCAAAGGAAGAACACGAAUAUUCCUUAUUCGAUACUGGUGUGUUCGAAAACGACGCCUACUGGGACAUUUUUAUCGAGUUCGCAAAAAGUGCCGAUGAUCCAGACGACCUCUAUCUCCGUGCCACCGCUUGGAACCGCGGUAAUGAUCGCGCACCUCUUCAUAUCAUUCCCCAAGCAUGGUUCCGUAAUACGUGGGGGUGGAGACAAGAAGCUCUCCCAAUAGGCGAAAAGCCGGUUAUUGAGAAGAUCGGCGACAGAAUUAACCGUGUCCGUCACACAUCUCUUGGCGAGCAGUACUUGGUUCUUUCUCCAUCUUCAGGUACUGGGGAUGAUGGAGAGGAUGUGCUGCCGCAGAUGCUGUUUACAGAGAACGAGACCAACCUUGAGUCGUUGGGUCUCGGAGCCAACAAAGGGCUAUAUGUGAAAGAUGCCUUCCACAGCUACAUUGUUAACAAUGACGUCGGAGCUGUUAACCAACAUCAGACGGGCACCAAGUUUGCUGCUUGGUAUGCCUUUAACGAAGAUGGAGGCGUUCGCCCUAGAGAAUGCGCUGUGGUGCGUUUCAAGUUGAUGCGCCAGAAUGAAGAAUAUCUGGACGAGGAAUUGUUUGACGACGUAAUAGGACAACGCAGAAUGGAGUCUGAUGAGUUCUACUACCGCAUUAGCCCGCUGCCCAUGUCGGAUGAUCUCCUGGUUAAAAGGCGAUCGACGUCUCCUGUUGAUCGGAAAAACAUCCGGAAUAAGCAGGGGAAGCACAUUCACUGGGACCACGUGCUAUUAGUGAGGGACUCCUGGGAGUACCCCUUUGUUAACCCCUGGGAUUCAGCAUUCAAUUGUGUUGUUUUGGCCAUGAUAGAUCCGGACUUUGUAGAAUACCAACUGAAUCUACUGACAAGGAAGAAUUACAUGCAACCAAGCGGGCAAAUUCCAUCCAACGAUUGCAACUUUGACGAGGUAGACCCGCCGGUACUCGCAUGGGGGGUAUUUCGUGUCUUUAAGAUAAAGAGGAAGAUUUAUGGCCGCCAGGACCUUGACUUCCUGGAGAGCUUGUUCCAGAAGCUCAUGCUGCACUUCACUUGGUGGGUGAAUAGGAAGGACACCGAAGGGAAAAAUAUCUUUGAAGGCGGCUACCUCGGACUUGACAACAUUGGACCAUUCAAUCGAUCCGCCCCUCUGCCAACUGGCGGCGUUGGUGUUUUGGAACAAGCCGACAGCACAGCCUGGAUGGCCUUUUACUGCUUGACGAUGCUGAACAUCUCUCUAGAGCUCGCCAAGUAUCGUAGGAUCUACGAGGGGCUCCCAUGA